AUGAAAACGACCUCCGCAAGACUGUCUCCCCCGCCCAUAGUCAUCCAAGGACACACCAUCCACCCGUCAAAGUCCCACAAGGUCCUAGGAGUAAUCAUAGAUCAAGACCUCAACUUCAAGGAACAUGCUGCUCACGCCAUGGAAAAAGGCACCAAAUAUGUCAUGGCAUGCAACCACAUGAUCAAACCAACUAAAGGCAUCCAUGGAAGACUCAUGAACCGACUAUACAAAUGUGUAGUCCUCCCUAAGAUGUUAUAUGCAGCAGACAUAUGGUGUGCAAACUUGGUAUCGAAGGGAAGAGGCAAGAAAGGAGGAAGAGGUGCAAGGGGUUUUGCCUCCCAGAUGGCUCGUGUCCAGAGAAUGGCAACGCUAAACAUAACAGGGGGCCUUCGUUCAUCUGCAUCUGACAUGUUAGACAGCCACACUAAUAUUCUCCCUUUCCAACAGGUCCUAUGCUAUAUGUGCUACAGAGCCACUCUCAGAAUGUCCACCCUUCCAGAAUCCCACCCGCUGUCAAAGCACAUAACGGCAGCGUCCAAUUUCUGCAAGAAAAGGAACUACGAGGGCCACAAGAGACACCCUUCCCCACUGCACAGACUCUUCAAUGAAUUCAAGACAGACCCAGCAACAAUGGAAAAGAUCCUACCAGUAAGACACUCCACCAAAUGGGAGCCAGAUGUAACUAUCAGCAUUGCAAGCAAGGAGAAAGACGCAGCAAGAGAGGAGGAGGAAGCAAGCGAAGAUCUUAGGGUGUACUCGGACGGGUUGGCAAUAGAUGGGGGAGUGGGAGGCGCAGCAUUCCUAGACAACCUCAGAUCCCUCCUACCCAACGAGGACGGACGAAAGCUCACAAUUCAGUGGACCCCUGGUCACAAGGGCAUAGCAGGAAACGAAGCAGCAGAUGUACAGGCCAAGCGCGCAGCGAGAGGUGAAGCCUCAGAGACAGCCCAUCUCCCAAGAUCAUUGAAAGGGAAGGCCUGA